GCUUCUGUUACUAGUGAGGGGAAGAUGGCGGACGCAACCGUGGUGCUUCCCGCAGAGUGGAUAAAGAACUGGGAGAAAACAGGGAGAUGCGAAUUCUUGCAUUUAUGCCGGCUUCUCAGUGAAAAUAAAAGCCAUGACAGUUCUACUUACAGAGAUUUUCAGCAAGCCUUGUAUGAGUUAUCAUAUCAUGUGAUUAAAGGAAAUUUAAAGCAUGAACAAGCAUCUAAUGUUCUUACUGAUAUUAGUGAAUUUCGCGAGGAUAUGCCCUCCAUUCUUGCUGAUGUAUUCUGCAUAUUAGAUAUUGAGACAAAUUGCUUAGAAGAAAAAAGCAAGAGAGACUAUUUUACACAAUUGGUAUUAGCAUGUUUGUAUUUAGUUUCAGACACAGUUCUAAAGGAACGUUUGGAUCCAGAUACAUUGGAAUCAUUGGGGCUUAUCAAACAAUCACAGCAAUUCAAUCAAAAGUCAGUUAAAAUCAAGACGAAGCUCUUCUAUAAACAGCAAAAAUUCAAUUUAUUAAGAGAAGAGAAUGAAGGUUAUGCUAAGCUGAUUGCUGAAUUGGGACAAGAUUUAUCUGGAAAUGUUACUAGUGAUUUAAUCUUAGAAAAUAUCAAGUCUUUAAUUGGAUGCUUCAAUCUGGAUCCCAACAGAGUACUGGAUGUCAUUUUAGAAGUAUUUGAAUGCAGGCCAGAACACGAUGACUUCUUUAUAUCUUUAUUAGAAUCUUACAUGAGUAUGUGUGAACCGCAAACACUGUGUCAUAUUCUUGGGUUCAAAUUCAAGUUUUAUCAGGAACCAAGUGGUGAGACUCCAUCAUCUUUAUACAGAGUUGCAGCUGUACUUCUACAAUUUAAUCUUAUUGAUUUAGAUGAUCUUUACGUACAUCUUCUUCCAGCUGAUAGUUGCAUUAUGGAUGAACAUAAACGAGAAAUUGUGGAAGCUAAGCAAAUUGUUAGAAAACUUAACAUGGUUGUAUUGUCUUCUGAAAAAAUGGAUGAGAGAGAAAAAGAAAAGGAGAAAGAUGACGACAAAGUAGAGAAGCCACCUGACAACCAAAAACUUGGUUUACUAGAAGCCUUGUUAAUGAUUGGUGACUGGCAGCAUGCACAGAAUAUUAUGGAUCAGUUGCCUCCGUACUAUGCAGCUUCACAUAAACAAAUAGCUCUGGCUAUUUGCAAGCUCAUUCACAUAACUGUUGAGCCUCUCUAUAGAAGAGUUGGUGUUCCUAAAGGUGCUAAAGGCUCACCUGUUGAUGCUUUGCAAAAUAAGAGAGCACCAAAGCAAGCAGAGAGCUAUGAAGAUUUGAGGAGAGAUGUAUUCAAUAUGUUCUGUUACCUUGGUCCUCACCUUUCUCAUGAUCCCAUUUUAUUUGCAAAAGUGGUGCGCAUAGGCAAGUCAUUUAUGAAGGAGUUUCAGUCUGAAGGAACCAAACAAGAAGAUAAAGACAAAACGGAAGUUAUCCUUAGCUGUUUGCUUAGUAUUACUGAUCAGGUACUACUUCCAUCUCUUUCUUUGAUGGACUGCAAUGCUUGUAUGUCUGAGGAACUGUGGGGAAUGUUUAAAACAUUCCCUUAUCAACAUAGAUACCGUCUGUAUGGCCAGUGGAAGAAUGAAACCUAUAAUGGUCAUCCACUUUUAGUAAAAGUCAAAGCUCAAACAAUAGACAGAGCCAAAUAUAUCAUGAAGCGUCUGACCAAGGAAAACGUGAAACCUUCAGGAAGGCAAAUUGGGAAGUUAAGCCACAGCAAUCCAACCAUUUUGUUUGAUUAUAUCUUGUCACAAAUACAGAAGUAUGAUAACUUAAUAACACCUGUGGUUGAUUCAUUAAAAUAUCUUACUUCAUUGAAUUAUGAUGUCUUGGCCUAUUGUAUCAUAGAAGCUUUAGCUAAUCCAGAAAAGGAGAGAAUGAAGCAUGAUGACACAACCAUCUCAAGCUGGCUUCAGACCCAGGGAGGAAUAUGGAAUAAGGGGGGCAAAAUUACAAAUUUUGAUCUGCUUAUACUGAAAGAAGUGGUACAGAAAAUGGCAGGAAUUGAAAUUACAGAAGAAAUGACAAUGGAGCAACUAGAGGCCAUGACUGGUGGGGAGCAGCUCAAAGCUGAGGGUGGUUAUUUUGGCCAGAUCAGAAACACUAAAAAAUCUUCUCAGAGAUUAAAAGAUGCCCUAUUAGAUCAUGAUCUUGCUCUUCCUCUUUGUUUGCUUAUGGCUCAGCAAAGGAAUGGGGUAAUCUUUCAAGAGGGUGGAGAGAAACAUUUGAAACUUGUUGGAAAACUAUAUGACCAGUUUAAUCUCCAGUCAAAGUAUGAUGAACUUAAAAAAUCAGAAAAGGGAAAUAAACAGCAACAUAAAGUUCAUAAGUACAUUUCAUCAUGUGAGAUGGUGAUGGCUCCUGUCCAUGAAGCAGUGGUCUCCAUACAUGUUGCCAAAGUCUGGGAUGACAUCAGCCCUCAGUUCUAUGCCACAUUCUGGUCAUUGACGAUGUAUGAUCUUGCGGUUCCACAUUCCAGCUAUGAACGUGAAGUCAAUAAACUUAAAGUCCAGAUGAAAGCAAUUGAUGACAAUCAGGAAAUGCCUCCAAAUAAAAAGAAAAAAGAGAAGGAACGUUGUACUGCCCUUCAAGAUAAGCUUCUUGAAGAAGAAAAGAAACAAAUGGAACAUGUGCAGAGAGUUUUACAGAGACUGAAAUUGGAAAAGGACAAUUGGCUUUUAGCAAAAUCUACCAAAAAUGAGACCAUCACAAAAUUUCUACAGCUGUGUAUAUUUCCUCGAUGUAUUUUUUCAGCAAUUGAUGCUGUUUACUGUGCUCGUUUUGUUGAAUUGGUACAUGAACAGAAAACUCCAAAUUUUUCCACACUUCUUUGCUAUGAUCGAGAAUGUGGAAACUAUCCAGGAUUUCUUACUAUAUUACGGGCAACUGGAUUUGAUGGUGGAAAUAAAGCUGAUCAAUUAGAUUAUGAAAAUUUUCGACAUGUUGUUCAUAAGUGGCAUUAUAAGCUAACCAAGGCAUCGGUGCAUUGCCUUGAAACAGGCGAAUAUACUCAUAUCAGGAAUAUCUUGAUUGUGCUAACAAAAAUACUUCCUUGGUACCCAAAAGUUUUGAAUCUGGGUCAGGCUUUGGAAAGAAGAGUACAUAAAAUCUGCCAAGAAGAAAAAGAGAAGAGGCCAGAUCUAUAUGCAUUGGCGAUGGGCUACUCUGGGCAGUUGAAAAGUAAAAAGUCAUACAUGAUACCUGAAAAUGAGUUUCAUCACAAAGACCCUCCUCCGAGGAAUGCGGUUGCCAGUGUACAAAAUGGCCCUAGUGGUGGGCCUUCUUCAUCAUCCCUAGGAAGUGCAUCUAAAUCGGAUGAAAGCAGUACUGAGGAAACUGAUAAAUCAAGGGAGAGAUCUCAGUGUGGUGUGAAAGCUAUUAAUAAAGCUUCUAGUGCCACACCAAAAGGGAAUUCAAGCAAUGGAAAUAGUGGCUCUAACAGCAGCAAAGCUGUUAAAGAAAAUGACAAAGAAAAAGGGAAAGAGAAAGAAAAAGAAAAAAAAGAAAAGACUCCAGCUACUACUCCAGAGGCCAGGGUACUUGGUAAAGAUGGUAAAGAAAAACCAAAAGAAGAGCGGCCCAAUAAAGAUGAAAAAGCAAGAGAGACCAAGGAAAGAACACCUAAGUCUGACAAAGACAAAGAAAAAUUCAAGAAGGAAGAAAAAUCUAAAGAAGAAAAAUUCAAGACAACUAUCCCCAGCACAGAAUCAAAAUCUACUCAAGAAAGGGAACGAGAGAAGGAGCCAUCCAGAGAAAGAGAUGUAACAAAGGAAAUGAAAUCAAAGGAAAAUGUUAAAGGAGGAGAAAAAACACCAGUUUCUGGGUCCUUGAAGUCGCCUGUUCCCCGAUCUGAUAAUGCAGAGCCUGAAAGGGAACAGAAACGCCGCAAAAUUGAUACCCAUCCUUCUCCAUCACAUUCCUCCACAGUAAAGGACAGUCUCAUCGAACUCAAGGAGUCUUCAUCAAAGCUCUACAUUAAUCAUACUCCUCCACCAAUGUCCAAGAGUAAGGAGAGAGAAAUGGACAAGAAAGAGUUGGACAAGUCAAGGGAAAGAUCCAGAGAAAGAGAGAAAAAAGAUGAAAAGGACAGGAAAGAGCGGAAAAGGGAUCACUCAAACAAUGACCGUGAAGUACCACCGGACUUAACCAAGAGGCGGAAAGAGGAAAAUGGAACAAUGGGGGUUUCAAAACACAAAAGUGAAAGUCCAUGUGAGUCUCCUUAUCCAAAUGAGAAAGACAAGGAAAAAAAUAAGUCAAAAUCUUCAGGCAAAGAAAAAAGUGGUGACUCAUUUAAAUCUGAGAAGAUGGAUAAACUAUCCUCCGGUGGCAAAAAGGAGUCCAGGCAUGAUAAAGAAAAGAUAGAAAAGAAAGAAAAACGGGACAGUUCAGGAGGAAAGGAAGAGAAGAAACAUCAUAAGUCCUCGGACAAGCACAGAUAAUGAAGACUUUCAAUCAAGGGUAUGGACAGGACCCCUAAGCUGAAGGUCUCCCAGAGGAGGAUGCUAAAGCUCCAUGCGCCACUCAGAACGGUAUCUU